AAACGAGUAUUAAUUUCACCUCCAAAAUUUGCAGUACAUAAUGCUGUGUAGUGCGUUGUACAGGUGUUCAACCAUCGGACGGUCGAACGUAUGUACAUCUAGGUUUCUCAGUCGAGCAAUAAGUUCCAACAUGUUCGACAAUCUGAUGCUGAGACAACUUUUCGACAAUGAAUCCUCGACUUAUUCUUAUCUACUCGUCGACAAACCGUCCAGGGAAGCUAUUCUGAUCGAUCCAGUGAUAGAGAAAUCUGAGAGAGAUGCUAAACUUGUUGAGGAACUGGAUCUUAAACUUAAGAAAGCUGAAGCUCAAGCUGAUCUUCUCCUGGGUCAUGGAGAGAAGUUGAAGUUUGGAGAACAAGAACUAGAGAUAGCUGAAACUCCAGGACAUACUGCAGGUUGUGUGACUUAUAUUCAUCACGGAGCAGGAUGUGCCUUCACCGGAGAUGCUCUUUUGAUCAGAGGAUGCGGAAGGACGGACUUCCAGGGUGGUAGUGCUGAGACCCUGUACAGCUCUGUGUGGAACAAUAUUCUCUCUCUCCCAGACUCCUACAAUCUCUACCCUGCUCACGAUUACAAAGGACAAACCGUUACAACCGUUGGUGAAGAGAAAAAGUUUAAUCCAAGGCUUACCAAGACUGUUGAUGAGUUCGUGAAGAUAAUGGGGGAUCUAAACCUACCAUAUCCCAAGAAGAUUGAUGAAAGUCUACCAGCCAAUCUAGUCUGCGGUUUGCAUAAUCUUCCAGAGAGGAUGAACGGAUGGGUUUAAAUCUUAACAUUUUAGAGAGAAUGAAGGAAAAGGUUUAAACCUGGAAAAGGGGGGGGAGAAUUAACUUUUUAUUUUCUAAAUUGUCUGAUUUUCUUGUAACAUGUUAAUUUUCUCCAAUAAUUUGAGAAAUGUUCUAUUCUACUAAAUGCUUACACUGUAUCAGUGUUAAUUCCAUUCGGGUGCCUGAUAAGGGCAUACUUACUACAGGGUGUCCCAAUAAACAUGGAAAUUGAGCGAAUACAUGGUGUCCCAAUAAAUGUGGAAAUUGAGCGACGAUUUUGAAAUCGUCGGUUUAUAUUAAUUUUAUUUAGUAUAGUGUUUCCUCACUGAGUAAGGUGUAUUCCGUAGGAAUUUCGUCUGCUAGAGUUUAGAAUUUGUUUGUUUUUGUUCCACUUGGUUCAUCACAUGGUUGUACGGAGUAAAUCAAGAAAAUUCCUGUCAACAAAGUAAACUUUUCCGUCUUCACUGUUUAUCUUGCCGAGACAGUACAGUACAUGCACAAUAUUUACCGUUUCAUAAAGUAAUCUCUAGCACACAUUAUAGUUAUUAUAGACAUAUAUGUUUGGACUUUUGAAAUUAAGUAUUUAUUACACUACUACUUCCUAGCAUCGUAUUCGUCCCUCAAUUCCCGUGUUUAUUGGGACACCCUGUAUUUUUAAUAGGAAGAUCACUUCUUAUUUGAAAAUGAGUUUUUAUCAAAUUAUAUUUAAACUGCACACUGAACACUGUAGUGCACAUAGUAAACUGUUAUUUAAACACAGUAAUGUAUAGUGUAUACCUUGCCGGCCUUUUUCCCUGUGAAAUCUGUAUUUAAACCAGUGAUUUAUUUAGCACAUCAAAUCUACAACGUAACCUUUUAAAUUUAUCUUUUAAGAACUUGUUUUUUCGGAAAAUAUAUAUUAUUUAUUUAU